AAGGAAGAAAUAGAUAGAGAAUGUUGGAUUUGUAUGCAACUCCACUCAGCGUUGAAAACACACCCUGUAACUUCAGAUAUGGUAUGUCUUGAAAGAAACAGAUGCGAUAUACCGCCACAGAUGUCUAAAAUUCUACAGAUGACAAAUAAUCUAAGAACAAACAGAGCAUUGUUUUCGCUCCAAGAUUAUAAUUGUUCAUAUAAAAGACUGCCUUUCAAAGGACCAGCCUUUCAUGUACAGUCAAAUCUCGCAGAUUUGUGUAUCUGUUCAACCAAAGGAAAACAUUAUGUAGGGAUGUCAGAUUGUAAGUAUGUAAUAACUCUGAUUCAAAAUGCUGGAGAUCAUCCUAAUUGUACUAUUAAGUAUGAUAACCAGUCUGUUGAGAAUUUUCAUUGUCCAUUUUCUUAUCUUGAUAGCUCCCCAGGUAUAAUUUGGACCUGUGGGGGAAUGGCUUAUUACCAUUUGGAUGAAGGAGAAUGGCGUGGAUGUUGUUAUCCAGCUCUACUCUCCACCGGAACUACCGUAUUGACACGUAAAGACAUUGAUACCUGUGAUAGUCAGACACCACCACGCAGAUGGAAAAGAGAGGUACAUAGUAUGCCUGAUCGAUACAAUGGGUAUAAAACAGCUACGCCCUGGACAACCCCAUGGGAAAAUGUGGGAUGGUCCAUAGCUAGUUUCUUUCCAGGGGUAGGAACCUCCAUUGCUUUAAACAAAAUCAAUGGUUUAGCUUGGCAAGUCUUGUCAUUGGAAAAUGAUACUACUCAUGCAUUAGGUUUAAUAACAGAGGAAUUGAAAAAGAUGAGAGAAGCAGUAGAUCAAAAUAGACUUGUCCUCAACCUUUUGACAUCGCAGCAGGGAGUAGUUUGUAAAAGGUUAGGAGUAUCUUGCUGUUUUUACAUUCCAGAUAAUUCAGACAACAUUACCAACAUUGUGGACCACAUGAGAGAAUCCAUUCCAGACCCAAAGAAAAAUGAUUCCUGGCUGAACUGGCUCAGUGGCCUAUGGGGAGGAUGGGGAACUUGGAUUCUACAUACUGUUGUACCUAUUGUUAUUCUAAUAGUGAUUCUUCUGCUAAUAUCACCCUGUGUGAUGCAAUGUAUUAGUACUUCUAUAAUGCGUUCUGUUACAGCGCUCACCACAAGAUAUACCUAUCAAGCAAUGCUGCACAUAACCAAUCCAGUACAGACCUUUGCUAUGGUCCCGGAGCGAUUGGAGAUGAAUGUGAUUGAAGCUGAGGAUUUUCCAACAGAUGCUGAUAGUUAUACUGCGGAUGAUUAUGUGCAUACUUAUGAGUUAGAGCCUGAAAACUGAAUCUGAUAUACGUGUGUAAUCCUGAUUAAGAGUUGUACUAACCAUUUUUUAUUCCUAUUCUGAAAAAUUGUAUAACAAAAUGAAUACUAACUGAAGGUAUAUAUCACAUAUGAUUAUUGUUUAUGGAAGUAUAAUCAAGAAACAUAAGAUAUGCCCAGGAUUGUUCAAGGUUGUGUAAGACAUGUCUUCGACUGUCUUAAAGUGGCCAUUGUGAGAUUCUGCUCGUGUACGUGACCAUCCUGUGUUAAAGGACAUUGUGUGAUGAAAGUAUGAUGAGCUCAUUUGAACCUUACUCUUGA